AUGGCUUACGUUUUAACUGAAACUUCUGCUGGUUAUGCCCUUUUAAAGGCUUCAGAUAAGAAGAUUUACAAGUCUACCAAAUUGAUCCAGGACUUGGACUCGUCUGAAAAAGUGCUGAAGGAGUUCAAAAUCGCUGCUUUCUCGAAAUUCAACUCUGCUGCCAAUGCUCUGGAAGAAGCUUCUGCGAUCAUCGAGGGUAAGGUGUCUCCACAAUUGCAAAGUUUGCUGGAGGACAUCAAGAAGGACAAAAAGGCUACGCUGGUUGUGAGUGAGACCAAAUUGGCCAAUGCUAUUAACAAGUUGGGACUGAAUUUCAACGUGAUCUCUGAUGCCGUCACUCUGGACAUUUACAGAGCUGUCAAGGAGUAUUUGCCGGAGCUGCUACCUGGUCUGACCGACGGCGACUUGAGCAAGAUGUCUCUGGGUCUGGCGCACUCUAUCGGUCGUCACAAGCUGAAGUUCUCUGCUGACAAGGUGGAUGUGAUGAUCAUUCAGGCCAUUGCCCUGUUGGAUGACUUGGAUAAGGAGUUGAACACAUAUGCGAUGAGAUGCAAGGAGUGGUACGGGUGGCACUUCCCUGAGCUGGCCAAGAUAGUCACCGACUCGGUUGCGUACGCUAGAAUCAUCUUGACUAUGGGUGUGAGAUCGAAGGCGGCGGAGACCGAUAUGAGCUCUAUUUUGCCGGAAGAAAUUGAGGAGCGUGUCAAGACCGCAGCUGAGGUCUCGAUGGGUACCGAAAUCACUCAAAUUGACCUGGACAAUAUCAAAUGUUUGGCAGAGCAAAUCGUUGAAUUUGCCGCUUACAGAGAACAGUUAUCGAACUACCUAUCGGCAAGAAUGAAGGCUAUCGCUCCAAAUUUGACUCAGCUGGUCGGUGAACUUGUCGGUGCUAGGUUGAUUGCCCACUCAGGCUCUUUGAUCUCUUUGGCCAAAUCCCCAGCUUCCACCAUCCAAAUUUUGGGCGCAGAAAAGGCUUUGUUCAGAGCUUUGAAAACCAAACACGACACACCAAAAUACGGUCUGCUAUACCACGCCUCUCUAGUUGGUCAAGCGACCGGUAAAAAUAAGGGUAAAAUUGCUAGAGUGCUUGCUGCCAAGGCCGCUGUCUCUCUGCGUUACGACGCCCUAGCUGAAGAUAGAGACGAUUCCGGCGAUAUUGGUUUGGAAGCCAGAGCGAAAGUUGAAAACAGGCUCUCGCAAUUGGAAGGCAGAGACUUGAGGACGACUCCGAAGGUCGUGCGUGAGGCCAAGAAGGUGGAAAUUACUGAGGCCAGAGCCUACAACGCUGAUGCCGAUGCCGCCCCAGUAGAGAACGCUGAUUCAGACGAUGAGGAUGAAGACGAAGGAGAGAGCGAGCAGAAGGUGAAGAAGGACAAGAAGAAGGAGAAGAAGGAGAAGAAAGAUAAGAAGAGAAAGAGAGACGAGGAGGAAGAAGACAGCAAAGAGUCCAAGAAAUCAAAGAAGGAGAAGAAAGAGAAGAAGGAAAAGAAGGAGAAGAAAGAAAAAAAGUCUAAGAAGGAGAAGAAAUAG